AUGGAGGGAGGCCGGGUAUCUUUGAAGCGAUCCAGAACGGAAUUAGAAGACAAUGAAUCGACAGACGAUGUCUCUGAAUACGGUGUAUCAGAUGACACCGAGGAAGAAGAAUGGUGGACGGAAGAUGAGAGCGAGGAUUUGAUUUUGGAACAAGACGUUGAAAACUACGAGUAUACCACCCCCGGUGACACACCUCGAACGGUGAAAAUCCGGCUCUUUUUGACCGAUGAGGAAACGGGAGAGUUCAAAUGGAUGAAAAAUUUUGUCGCCAAAUGCACUUGCGAUGGCAUCGUUGUCGCUACUGCUCUGGCUCGGUAUAUUUAUCGAGAGAGCAUGCGCUCCGAAUUCUGGGAAAACAUGGAAGAACCCAGCGAGGAAACGUGCGGUAUGGCCUUCGAUGUCUUUGAUCGAUAUGGAACAGUCAAGACCAUAUUUAAGCACCAUCCAGUGCAAAGAGGGACUGGUGUAUGGGGAAAUGAGCUUGAUCAUGGCCCUCUUUUCCUAAUUGAGGCACUUCAUGUCAAAGCACUGGAGCUACGUCGGAAAGGGCUGGGGCAGAAAGUAGUAUCUUUACUUUUGAAAAAAGCCAACCAGCUCUGCCUAGACAAUAAGGAAGACGGCAAACCCAGACACGUGGAUCUUUUCUACGGUUCUAAUGAGGCCUUUGAGCAAGAAUGGACUCUACAUGCUUUAGUCAGUCCCGGAAUACUGACAGUGGAUAUCGAAUCUCAGUUAGUGGGUAAGUCCGCAGAAGAGCGCUUGAUCACACGGACUCGAAUUCAAUCCGGUGCUAUUGACUUUUGGCGAUCGUGCGGUUUUCGCCGAAUUGGAGCAUCUCGCUGUUUCGCAUUUUCGUUCGAUCUCCACCACCAGUCUCGCGCUCUUGCGGCGGCUUCUGAUUUCGAGCCGCGUAGAAGCCAUAACAAAGAUCUUGAAGACGAAGAACUCGAAGUUAUCUAUGAGACGAAUUGCCUUACUGACUUGAAGAAACUGAAAAUGGAAAGACUUCGUGACGCGUUGCCACUGCACCACGCAGCUCUCACCCUGACGGAUGAAGAACUCAAAGCUUUUUUCGUCACUCGUUCUGACGAUGAGGUUGGCUGGAAUCGAGUGACCAACUCUGAAGCCACGCUUCUGCAUCUAACAGCUGGCGAGCUUAAGCCCCAGAGUACACAGUGGCUUCUUAAUAACGUCCACCACGCUGAGUCCUGGAAGACGGCUCGUGAUAUUGACGGGUACACCCCGCUCGAAGCAUUGCAGGAGAAUUUAGAGACAAUGCGAACACGAAUGGUACAUGGCUUUUUCAGGGUCUCGAACAUAUCAGAUCACUUCGAAGGACACCCCGACACCGCAGUGUCCUGUCUCUCCCUGCUGCUCGGGCAGGAAGCUUUGGGGCUUAAUAAAGCAUGCCUCCGGUACGGGUGUACAUGCGGAGAGUGUGUGAAAGGGUUUCUAUCUGCCCGGAUGAGGAGCUCUCUGAUCGCUCAGGGCGAGGUUAUGUACGACCUUAUGCAGGAUGAAAUUGAUGAUGGCGAUUUCUGGACAAACUGUAACGACUACAAACUCGAGCACCUCGAUUAUGAUGUGCAAGAGAACCUUAAAACCAACAAAUCACUACGAAAGGGGUUUGUGAAUCUUUUCCAAAUUGCCGUGGAGUGUCUUCAGACAAAAAAGGUUCCAACCGCUGCAAAUCUCGAGUGGUACUGUAAAAAUCGGAGCGAGUGGCCACCACAUACCAAGAACUAUCUGCGACGCGCUGGAACGCAGAUGGGGUGUCGAGCAGUGCUUCGGGAGAUGUUUGACGGUGCUAAGGAACAGGAUGAGAAAGCAGGUGAUGGAAAGUGUCAACUCAUAUUGAAGAAGGAAUGGUCAAAUCUUCCAACUUGCAGGAAUGAUCAUGAGUUUGAGUGUGUUGCUAGGGCCUGUGGCUAUGGGGGAUGA